UGUUGGAUAUGAACAAAGUUUCCGUUGCUUAUAAUUAUAUGUGAACUGAAAAAGUCCCUGCUGGUCAGGGAUUAAUUACACAAUGGCGUGGUUUUGUUGUGCUCUCCUUUACGGAGUGGUGCUUGGUGUCCAAGUGCCGUGGACACAUGCAACGAUCCCGAUGCGAGUCUCAACAAACAGACCUCCAUUUAGCACAGAGUCAUAUCCCGCAUCCAUUCAUCCAACCAAAACUCAAGUUGGUGGAACAAUGAGUGGCCUCUCACUUUCAAUUCCUCCUAUGGGACCACCUAGGACUAAUGGAGGACAUGAACACUCUCAGGAUUAUUCCAGCAUGCAUCCCUCAUAUGACAGCCCACCUAAGACUAAAGGAGGACAUGAACACUCCCAGGACAUGUCUACCUCAUAUGACAGACCACCUAAGUCUAAAGGAGGACAUGAACACUCCCCGGACAUGUCUCCCUCAUAUGACAAACCACCUAAGACUAAAUGA